GCCAGAGCACACUGCGCAUGAGCGGUGGGGGCCAGCUGAAUGAGCGGCGGUGACGUCACAAUGGAGUUGUUGCAGUGAAUGAUAGAACUGAGUGACACUGCUUUCCCUGUAAUGAGCCUCAGCUGCUGCAUAAGAGCGAGGACUCUAACGUCACGUGUGCAUAGUAGGAGCCAAACACGUCAAGAAAUAAGUUGGCCGGUGUACCUGGUCUAACGUCUUCACUGAGGAUGGACAAGGGCAGGAGUCACAUGACUGAGAGGAUACUAAACCUCACCUUGGAGAUCAUCUACCUGCUGACUGGUGAGGACCAUAUAGUUGUGAAGAAGAAAGCUGGUGAAUGUGUCAAAGAACUUUCACCUCACUCCCGGAUACAUGAGAGAGACCAUGAGCAGAAGAUCCUGGAACUCACCAACAAGAUCAUUCAGCUGCUGACUGGAGAGGUUCCUAUAAGGUGUCAAGAUGUCGCGGUUUAUCUCUCCAUGGAGGAGUGGGAGUAUAUAGAGGAACACAAAGAUCUGUAUGAUGACAUCAUGAUGGAGAAUCACUCACCGCUCACAUCACCGGAUGAAUACAGAAACACACUACAGAGAAGUCCUACCCCUCUCUUAUCACCGGAUGACAACCGAGAAUACAGGGAGCAAUCAGAGGAUGAAGAAUUGAACAUUGUGGUAGUUGAUAUUGACACACAGACCGAGGAAGAACCGAUGGACAUACAAAUUAAGGAGGAGGACUUCCCUACAGAUAUCGGCACAGUGUGUAAUGAGGAAUCAGCUAUCGAGUUCCUUCAGAAACACAAUAUAAUACCACGGGGGCGAAAGUGUGAUAACAGCCAUGACAUGAAACCGUCAUUCAGUGAUGAACAGCCCCGCUGGAGAUGUCACAAACGAUCAUGUAGAUCAAAAAAGGGAAUUCGACAGGAUACCUGGCUUGAAGGAUCCAAGAUUCCUUUGAAAACAGUGGUGCAUUUUAUUUAUUGCUGGUCCCGUGAAUUGACGUCCAUCAAAUUCUGUAAGCAGAAGCUCAACAUGUCGCAGCCGUCUGUUGUCGACUGGAACAAUUAUAUUCGGGAAGUCUGCGUCUGGCGCAUGGAACAAAUGGACACGACAAUUGGCGGAGAAGGAUUGUGUGUUGAAAUAGACGAGAGUCUCUUUAUCCACCGUAGAAAUAAUGCAGGGAGAAUGUUGCCCCAACAGUGGGUCUUUGGUGGAUUUUGUAGGGCGACCAAAGAAUGCUUUAUAUUACAAGUUCCCAACUGUUCUGCCGAGACCCUGUUGUCAGUGAUCAGGCAGAAAGUGAGACCGGGCUCCACAAUAAUAUCCGACCGCUGGCGAACAUACAUCGAGGUUGAGGCGAAGAGUUGUAAACCUCAAACCCCGCACCACCGAUAUCAUUUUGUGGCUCCCGAGAGUUUUGCCAAUACCCAGCAGUUCAAACAGAUGUGGGGGUCUGCAAAAUGGGCAAAUAAGAAGAGAAGAGGGACCAAUAGUAACUUCCUCGAUUCUUACUUGGCCGAGUUCAUGUGGAGAAUGAGAGUUGAUGACCGUGACCCUUUUUACGCUAUCCUCAAAGACAUAGCCUCGUUCUAUUCCUCGGUCCGCGAAGAAAGAGACUCUCGUCCGCUUCUAGAAGUUGGAAGGGGUGGCUGUUAAAUUCAGUGGCGUUCGCAGUACAAUAGAAAUAUAAUGGUUACAUUGUUCACUGGAACGUUAAUGUAGUUUGUGGUAAACUGCAGUUGUUAUAAUGGGUUAAGUAUGGGAUACCGUCAGUCAGGAUGCCGAAGGUAAGAAUACCGACAUUGGAAUCCUGACUGGUGCAGGAGGCAAGUACCGCUAAUUCUAACCCUCCCUCCCCGCAGCCUAACCGUAAACCUCCCUUCCUGCAGCCUAACCCUAACCCUCCCUUCCUGCAGCCUAACCCUCACUUCCUGCAGCCCUAGCCCUCCCUUCCUGCAUCCUAACACUAACCCUAACCCUCCCUUCCUGCAGCCUAACCCUCCCUUCCUGCAGCCUAACCCUAACCCUCCCUUCCUGCAGCCUAAUCCUAACCCUCCCUUCCUGCAGCCUAACCCUCCCUUCCUGCAGCCUAACCCUCCCUUUCUGCACCCUAACCCUCCCUUCCUGCAGCCUAAGCCUAACCCUCCCUUCCUGCAGCCUAACCCUCCCUUCCUGCAGCCUAAUCCUAACCCUCCCUUCCUGCACCCUAACCCUCCCUUCCUGCAGCCUAAUCCUAACCCUCCCUUCCUGCACCCUAACCCUCCCUUCCUGCAGCCUAACCCUAACCCUCCCUUCCUGCAGCCUAACCCUAACCCUCCCUUCCUGCAGCCUAACUCUCGCUUCCUGCAGCCUAAUCCUAACCCUCCCUUCCUGCAGCCUAACCCUCCCUUCCUGGACCCUAACCCUCGCUUCCUGCAGCCUAACCCUAACCCUCCCUUCCUGCAGCCUAACCCUACCCCUCCCUUCCUGCAGCCUAACCCUGACCCUCCCUUCCUGCAGCCUAACCCUGACCCUCCCCGGGAUACUUACGUUUGGGAUUUCGGUGUCGGGAUUCCUGCGCCAACAUUUGGACUGUCAGGAUCCCAACUACAUCCCAUUAUAAUUAUGUAUGUUUUUUCUUAAAGUUAAAGACAUUUGCUGUACAUUGCUAAUAAGAAGGUAACAUGGUUCACUCUGUUAUACGUUUGAUGUGAUGCACUGAAUAAAAGUACUGCUCUGUGAUUAACAAUUCUGUGAUAUUUAAAGGUAAUGCGCUACACUAUGUAACAGUUAUCCGACUCAGAUUCACCCUGAGAUACGCAAAGGUGCGUACGUUCGC